AUGUCCGAUCACAGUACUACGACCCAUGCUACGGCGUCCGCGGGAACCGACGCGCUCCGCAACCCUAGUCCAGUGGUGCGGGCGAAUAGUAUGCGAGCUGGACUACUCAAUCGUGGACGGACUCUCGGUAUUGGAUGCUGGAAUGUACGAACGUUCCUGGACCCUGAUACCCAAAGUCUGACCGCACGCAGCCUUCAUCAGUACAACGUGGAUGUCUGCUGUCUGUCUGAGGUACGACUCCCUGACUCGGGCUCUCGUGAAAUAAAGAUCCCCGGAGUCGAAUCCCACUUCACCCUGUACCACAGCGGCCCCCGCGAUUCCUCUGGUCGAAACGGUGUGGCGAUCGCCCUAUCACAACAAGCAGACCUCGCGCUACUUGCUUGGGAACCAGUCAAUGACCGGAUGGCCUACGUGCGACUGAAGGGUCAUUUCACGAACAUCUUCAUCGUCGCUGUGUACGCACCAACUUCGGCUGCGAACAGCGCGAUAAAGAGGCGUUUUACUCUCAGUUGCAAGCGCUAG